CACACACACACACUAACUCUUAAUUCAUUCAUCUCUAAUCUUCUUUAAUUUCUUGGGCCAUAUAUCGUACACAAAGUCACAAACCCUGAAGUCUUUUCUUGUUUUCUUUCGUUGCGCCAUGGAAGUUUCCGUUUAUCAUCAGGACCCUAAUAACCUUCUUCCGGUUGCUGAGUCUGAAGCUCCACCGCCAGUUGGUUAUAGGUUCCAACCAGCGGAUUCCGAACUUCUUGACCAUUACUUGAGGAGGCUGAUCCACGAGGAGCCGUUGCCCGUGUCCUACCCGAGAAUCAUCCUCGCCAAUGUUUACGCGGAUCACCCUUCUGCCAUCUGGAGUCCUGGAGCGGCUCACGACGACACGGGCAGUGGGGCCGAGCUGCACUGCUACUUCUACACCGAACUACAAAGAUGGGGAGAAGGGUCGGGGAGCACGGGACACUGGGUUCUGGGGUACGACAAGUACUUCAACUACAAACCGAACACAAUCCAUCCCGGAGACGUGGAAUACGAGUGGGGCAUGCACGGAUUCACCUUGCACGGCUCGGAUAAUAAAUACGCAUUGUGCAAGAUUACCCGGAGGGCGAGGAGGAAGAAGUUGACGAGAGGCGCCAUUGGUGAAUCAGCAGCCACGUUAUUGUCUAAUAAUAACCAACAGCAAGAGGGAGAUGGUAUUGGUUUUGGUGAAAUUGUUCUUUCCAACCGUACAGAUCCUGCAAUAAGAGGUUGCUUUGAUAAGGUGUCUGAUCACGAUGAAGUUGGUUCUUCUUCUCCUCCUCCUCCUCCUCCUUCUACUACUACUUUUACAUUGGGAGGAGAUACGGACCGACAACAACGACGUUAUUGCCAAGGAUCAAUGGUGACGACGACGACGACGACCACCUCUUCUGUCUGUUUUGAAUUGGAAGAAUUUGGGGACAUUUUCCUCGACCUGGGGGACUUGAUACAACUUGACGAUAAUGUCAGAGAAGAGGACUGUCGUCAUCAUCAUCAACGACCAACAGUUGGCUCAAUAGGAAGCCAACAACAACAAAACACGCUGCCUGCAGCAAAAGAGCUCGCGUCGAAGAAGGAACGAGCCCGCGGGUGUGCUGAGCACGACGACCAACACGUAGUACACGAUGCCGGAGCGGAUGGAGCGAAGAGGUGCAGGCAUUGCUGACACUAUGUUUAAUUUCUAGCUGUUGUUGUCAAAUGUUGUGCAAUGGUCCUGAAAUGAGAAAUUGUCAUCAGGCUCUAGUGAUCGAGAAAGAUUUUGUAAAGUGAAUAGCAGAUAAGUUCUUAUGUGUGUGGAAUGGUUACUCUUUCUCUUAAUAACAGUAUCUUUGACUU